GAAAUAUAUCCGAGAGCAUUCAUUCGUACGGUUCGGUUUUUGAUUACUCUUUUAAUUAAAGUCUAAGAAUGCAGUGUGUUUUCAUAUUAAUGACAAUGAAUUUGAUACUGCGAGAAACGUGCAUAAACGCGAUAGUUGAAGUGAAGGAGUCAUUUGUUUCAAUGGAAAUUGACUCCGUUAAAUCGUUCGGGAAUGACAGGAUUGAUACUCCGUAUCGUUUUAAGAAAGAGUUAAGGAAUCAUAAUGAAGAUACAAUGUUUUCAGGAAAUAGACGGUUAAGCGCUUAUCCGCUUGUGGAAGUUGGCCCUGGAUCCUUCAAAGCGGAAUACCCGAAAUUGCCCCCUGAUUAUUUGAUAAAUCAGUUCAAGAAGUUACUGGCAAUUAAGAAGAAAAUGAAGGAAAAUCACGACUAAGAUAUAUCUUAUUAAAAAAAAAAGGUGAAAUUGUUUGCAUUGUAAGAGUUUUUAACAAAACGUAUCAAAUUAGA